UGUAUAAAGUGCACAUUUCAAUUAAAUGUGUAAUUAUAUUGGUUUGUCAAAAAAAACUAAGUCUCUACUUCAAUUUAUAUUCUGUGGUUAAAAAUCUGUACUCUUCCAGGACUACAAAAAUGGAAAAAAAAAUUGGUUAUGUUAGUUUUGUUUGAUGUUUGACUUUAAGUCAUCAAUUACUUACGGUUAAUGUUACAAAUUUUAAAAACAUUUAUGUUAAAUAAAUAACUAAAUAACUAGCAUACUGCAACCUACUCUUUAGGCUUAUGUUAAUUGAUCACAAAAUGGAAUAUACUUAUCAUAAAAUAACUUCAGAGUUAGAUGCUAGAGAAAUAUUACGUUAUCUUAACAAUUUAGGUAUCCACAAUAUUAACGGCGAAGUUCUUAAAUACUUUAUUACAGACUUAAAAAAGUUAAUUAAAUAUGAUCUACAGCAAAAAGAAAAUUCAAACUCUCAAAGUAAAUAUGAAGUAGCAGGUCCUGAGCGACUACACAGUGCCAGUACAUUUUCAUCACGAAGCAGGAGUAAAACUAAUGAAGGAUUAACAACAUGCACUAGAGACUGUGUACAGAAGAGACAACAACAUAUUAGAAAUGUAUAUUCAGCCCCAAGUUUACGCCAGGACAGAGUAGAGAAUGUAGAGAAACCUUUAAGACGAGCAUGCUCUUGUAUCAGGGAAGAGAAGAAAAUAAAUGUAGUGUCAAAAGAUAAAAUACCAUUAAGUUCUAAUAAUUUGAUCAAAGUACCAAAACAACCAGUUAAGAAAAAAUGUGAUCCUGUUUCAUUGUAUCAUUAUUAUUCAUCUUUAUGGGAAAAAUACAAACCAAAUGUGCCUGGAGAAAAUGAUUGGUCUGAACUGAGGUGGAGUGUGCGACAGAAGAUGGCUGGAGACUUCAAGCAGCAACCUGAGAAAAAAGUCUGUACUAAGAAGAGACGAAAAGAAGACCCAUCUAUGAAGAAUGUACAAUGAUUAAUUACAUUAAGUGAUUUGGACAAAUAAAAUCAGUUACAUUAACAUACUGUGUACAUUAUACAGGGUAUUCUCUAAUU